AUGUCAACCCUGAAGGAGAUUCUUACCCGACGACCCGUGCUGACAUCGAUCCGGGUCACAGCCCCGGCGGGAGCGGCCACACCCCAACCGCUGAGCAAGGGUUUGGGUCAAUACAGGAUGAACAUGAUGGCCUUCUGCAAGGACUUCAACGCCCAGACCCAAAAUUUCAAACCCGGCAUACCCAUGGCGGUGACCCUGACGGUCUUCAAGGACAACACCUACGAGUUCACGGUAAAGUCACCGUCUGUCAGCUGGUACCUGAAAAAUGCCACCGGCGUCGACUCCGGCAGCAGCCGACCCAAACACGCGGUCGCUUCUGAGCUGUCUGUGAGGCACUUGUAUGAGAUCGCCAAAGUGAAGCAAUCUGACCCGUAUUGCCAGUACAUGCCCUUGGAGUCCAUUUGUAAGUCCAUUAUUGGUACGGCUAAUUCUAUGGGGAUUAAGAUUGUUAAGGACUUGGAUUGA